GCGGAUGUGGAUUAGGUUCCGCUUCCGGAGGUUGCGGAUUGUUAUUAUGCGUCUUGAGUCGUGCUUUAUUAUAGUGUGUACAGUGUUUUAAACUUGUUUUUAUCAGUUAAGCGGGCUCAAAGUCAUUUUAAAGUGAACGUCUUGGUAAUACUGUAACCGCAUGGCGGAUUUGACGGGCCUUUGGGAUGUUUAAAGGGAAAGCGAUAACGUGUACGGUGUUAGCUUAUGUAGCUAACAUUAGCUAUCCACGUUACAGUUACGUUAUUAGCCGCUAACUUCAGGACUAGCUUGCAGGUACUGCAACUCUAAACAUGUCUAGUUAGGGAACUGACAGUAACUACAGUCAUCUGUUUGUUACCUUACAGGGUUUGUAACUUAGGAAACAUGCUACUGUAAUUAGUGUACAGCUCCAUUGCAAAUAAACUAAAAAAAAAACUGCCCAAGCACCCAGGAUCAGCUUGGUAUUACAGGAGAUGACUGUAAAAGGUUUGGAAGGUCAGACCAAGAUGGGAUCAUUGUACAAAAGCAGUCUCAAAAAUCACUGUUUAGUGGAACAUUUGGAAACUGCACUGAAAUGACAGCACAGUUUCUCUAGUUUUCUAAGUUCUAGAGAUUUUAAUGCUUUUAAAAUGCUAAUUCAGCUUCUUACAUCUAGUAUUGAACACUGAUACCAUGUAUAAUAACAGUACAAUUAAUGACCAGUUGAUGAAAGAACAACUUUUAGGUUUUCAAAGUUGCCCAGAUACUUUGGUGAAUGGACACGCAUCUAAUUAACCGACUGCUGAGGAUGUCUAAGCUUGAACGUCUGAAUGCUCGCGUGGCCAAGCUGUUGACUGAAGCAGUGCAGGAGGUUCUGGAGGUGGUGAAGGAGACAGUGUCAGAGUACCAGGAGAAAACUGCCAGGACACAGAGAGAGAACGAGAGUCUGAAGAAACGACUGCAGGAACUCCAGGACAAGAUAACAAAAGAGAGCACAGCUGUUCUACCCACAAGUGGACCAUUGCCUGAAGAAAAACAAGACACAGAGAAUCACAAGCAGCAUUUGAGCGUCGCUCAGAGGCACAACUCAGGCAUCACUCUCACAGAGCAAAAGCUAAUAAGCAGCUGCAAACCUGACAACAAUGUGAAGCAGGAAUGCAAAGAACAGGAAAGCUGCAAUAAUACUGAAUCGCGCGCUGAGUGCAAUUUUGCAGGGACAUUAACAGAUCAUUGCAAAGCACAGCCUGAGGAGGAGACAUACAUUAUUGAGGAGGCGCUGACUGUCCAGACUUCACACAGUGUAAACAAGGACACCGAUUCUGUCUUAUCUAACAAUUUGCACAAUUCUCACUCCAGUAGUCCACAUGGAGUAAACCUGGCUGCCAUCAAAAGAGAACCAGAGCCAACAGACUUCACAACAUCAGAGCCACCGCCUCUUCAAGAACAAUAUACUGGAUGUGUGGACUUAAGCUGCAACUCCUCUCGUCACAACUCCGCCGAGACCCUGAGGCCACAAGGUAGCACUGAACCUUACGGACUUGUUUUUGUCCACUCGAAUCACAGCAUCGCCAGGAGGCACGGAUUUGCUAAAAGCAGCAGGGCUGCCUAUGAUGUGAGAAAAAUCAGGAGGGAGCACUUAGGGGGAGAUGACUCCCACUUGUGCAUCGUGUGCGGAAAGACGUUCAGCAGGGUUGGGAACUUGAGAAUCCACCAGCGUUGUCACACGGGAGAGAAGCCGUACGGCUGCAUACAGUGUGGGAGGCGUUUCAGUCAGGCAGGAGACCUGAAAAAACAUAAGAGGGUCCACACAGGGGAGAAACCAUACUACUGCAACCAGUGUGGAAAGAGCUUUAGUCGAGGGGAGAAUCUCAAAAGACACCAGAAGAUCCACAUUGGAGAGACACUGCAGUUACAGCAGGCGUGGAGGGAGCAACAGUUGUGAUUAUAAUAUAAGAGCAAAUCAUUUAAUCAGCACACUUAGUUUAUGGAGAAUCUUUGAAUGAGAUAGUUUGGUCUGUGCGCUUAGAUUGAAUUAUAUAUUUAAAUAAUAAUCUACAGAUUACAUGAAAAAGAUCUCUUACAAUUUUAGUUUUUAGUCCAUUGUGUGCUAAGUACACAAGUCUGUACUUCUAAUGGACCCUUUUCACAUCAGGCAUUUUGGCACAUCCUAAAUAGGAAUAUUAGAAAUGUCUGCAUUCAACAUAGGUAAGCUAGUUUUGUGGUCCUGGUGCAUACUGGCUCGCUGUCAUGGCUUACUGGGACACUUGGUGGAUCUGAGCCAUCGUUAACAAAACAUGUGCUUUCCCUGCUGCAUUAAGUCAGAAUGUCUGCUGUUUGUAUCAUGAUGAAACAGGACUGUAGGAGGUAAUCACUCAACCAAAGAGGCUGAUGCUUUACAGAUGGAAAUGCAGUGAUAUGAAGGCAUACCAUCAGUAUCUGAACUGAUUUCUAACCUAUUUUAUUUUUGGAUGACAAGAUUUGGUAAGCUGAGUAAAUUACUUAAUAUAAAUGUUAAACUAGAGAAAGAGAUAAAGUCUGAUGGUCUUGGCUUUUGGGAAAUACAUACAGACAGGUGAAUUCAGUUAUUUUGGCUGACCAGAUGUUUCUUUACAUCACCCUCACUCUCAUGUUAGAUUUGUUGCACCUGUCAGUGCAUCAAACAUUCCAAUCUAAUCAGCCAGAGUAAGUGAAAAACACCUGCAGGGUUGGGCAGGAAUUUUAAGAUAGGCAUGAGUAAAUUGCAAAACGUCUUGAGCACUUCCAUUUGUUGAAAGUAUUAAUAUAAAAAUUAUUACAUUUAUUAAGUUAUUAGUAAUGCAUCAGACAAUACAGGAGGGAAACAUUUGAGACAUGAGACACUGACAUCUGCACCUCUUCCUUGCAGUAGUUUGGACUAAACAUGUAUACCCACCCAUGAAAGAGACAAUGAUCAGAAAUAUGAUCAGCAUGAUUGUCAUUAAAAUUGCCUGAUUUUCCUCAA